AUGGCCCAGAAGUUCGACCCCCAGAAUGCGCAGAAUCUCGUCGAGAUCGAGAAACAGUUCGCCGUCAAGGCUGUUGAGCACGCCCAGACGUACUGGAACCUGCUGGAGAAGGUCCCUCCCCGCGAGCUCAAGCUCUCCAAGAUCGACGACGAGAUCUUCGAGGACACGCUGGCGACGUUCCCCGAGCUCGCGGAGAACGAGCACGCGAAGAUCACGAAGCUCGACGAGGACUGGCUGAAGAGCGAGACGAGCAAGAAGCGCUGGCGGGAGUUCAUCGCACGGUACGAGAAGAAGGUGAAGGACUUCAACUUCGGCUCGCUCAUCCGCACGGACGCGCGCGAGGAGUACAGCGAGACGAACACGAUCUUCGUCACCCGGAUACAGUUCUACGUGUUCGAGAUCGCGCGCAACCGCCUCGGGCUGAACGACAGGGCGCACGAGAUCGCGAAGGAGGAGGCAGCGAAGGAGAAAGAGAAGGCCGAGAAGGAAAAGGCGCGCGCGGAGCGCGAGAAGGCGAAGAAGAAAAGGAACUAG